AUGGAACGGCUUCUACGCCCUCCCCGGUUCGAGGUGGACCCUGACUCUGGACAGGCCGCCAAGGAGUGGACACACUGGCUGAGGACAUUUACAAACUUCGUUCAAGCAGCGCAGCUGACUACCCCUACGCUUGACAAACUGGUUCUUCUCACUAACUAUGUGGCUCCUAGUGUGGAUGACUUUAUUUCUGAGUGUGAGACUUAUGAGAAGGCUGAAGAGGUUCUGACAUCUUUGUACGUGAAACCAAAGAAUGAAAUAUUUGCCAGACAUUUACUUGUUACUCGCAGGCAAAACUCAGGUGAGUCCCUGGAUCAGUUCCUGCAGGCACUGAAGCUACUUGCUAAGGACUGCCAAUUCAAAAGUGUAACUGCGGAGGAAGCGUGUGACAGUUAUGUUCGGGAUGCCUUCAUUAAUGGUUUGGUCUGGUGUGCAAUACACCAGCGUCUGUUGGAGAAUAGGACACUGAACCUAAAUACUGCUUAUGAACAGGCCCGCACUCUGGAAAUGGCCCAGAAGCAUUCAGCCUCCUACUCUUCAGCAGAACCUGUCAAUGCUGCUGUGUCAGCAGGGAGUCGAGAGGAGGAAUCAUCUAGUGCUGAAAAUAACAGUGAGUCUGUUUCUGCUGCUACUUCUGGUGCUCUAUGUUUUUUUUGUGGGAACAACCGGCAGCCCGCCCGGACUCAGUGUCCUGCUAAAGACGCAGUGUUGUUUGAAAUGUAA